AGUGCCGGAGGAUCGAGUGGAGCGGUACGCGAAGAUAAGCUGCUGUGCUUAUUGGAUUUCUCUUUUAUUUUAGGUCCUUGCUUUUAUUUUUCGCCUUGCUUUUCCAAGGUGUAUUGCAGAUUCUCAUCCUGGAAUGUCCUUUCCCGUCUUCCUUCCUCCCUUCCUCUGGCUUGAAAUAGGCGAUGCCUUGUUCUAAGCUCUCUCAGUUCCUUUCCGAUGGUUGUUCUGAAAAUUUAAAUGCAGUUUUACAAAGAGACUGACAUCAUCCGGAGGGCUGUCUUAGAACUAAAAGCAUAAAAAAGGAGGAAGGGGUCGGUUUUAAAAAAUUGCAUUUUAUUUUAUUCUAAUUUGCUGCAGACGGAGGGGUUGGGUCAUUUAAGCUUGGAACCUGACCAUUUCUCAGUCUCAUAUAGGUUUUAUCUGUUGGAAAUCUACGCGGCGUGGAUACUGAACCCCCAAGCAGGUUGAUUUUUAAGCUAAGAUUCUAUUCUUAUUGCGGCUGUGUUAGCCUUGGGAAUGGGAGUUGUAUGGCAGAGAAAACAUUUUACAGAAAUGAGUGGAUUUACAGUCUUUUGUGUUCUUGUGCUCCCUGAAGAAUUGUAGGAUUUUAAAAAUACAAAAUCACAUCCCACAAUGUUACUGUGAAUAUUGAACUUGCAGAGUAUUUAAAAUAUAUUCCUUGAAAAGAACAGUUUGUGUCUCCUCUCCUUCCAAAGGGUAUAAAUAUGUCAAAAAAUUCUGUGGAAGGGUCAAAGGAAGACUUGACCAAAAUGACAGAAGAAGAUCUGUUGAGAUGGAACAAGGAAGAAUUGGUGAAAAAACUGAAGAAAGUAGAGAAUGAAAAAAUGAACUUGAUGGUGGAGCACAGCAACUUGAUGAAAGAUGUGAACAGAAGACUCCAAGUUCACCUGCAUGAGAUCAGGGGGUUGAAAGAAGUUAAUCAGAAGCUGCAGGAUGAUAACCAGGAACUGAGGGAGCUCUGCUGUUUCUUGGAUGAUGACAGGCAAAAGGGGAAAAAGCUGUCCAGGGAAUGGCAGAGGUUUGGGAGACACACUGCAGGUGUAAUGUGGAAGGAAGUUGGAAUGUACCAGCAGAAGCUGAAAGAAUUAGAAGCCAAGCAAGAAUCCCUUCUGAGAGAAAAUGUUGAGCUGAAAGAAAUUGUGCUAAUGCUGGAUGAAGAGAGGAAUGGAGCAGGCUCCCGAAGCUCCAUAGAUAGCCAAGCUAGUCUCACCAACCUCAAUGGGGGUUCUGGAACCAGGGAUGUUGGAGAUGGGAGUAGUACAUCCAGCGCUGGCAGUGCAGGAAGUCCAGAUCACCACCAUCAUCUCCUUCACCAUCACAAAGUUGUUGAAAACAAAGCUGGAGUCAUCCGGAGAUCUAUGGAUGACCUUUCUGCUCCUCUUCACCAUCGGAGCAUCCCAAAUGGUCUCAAUGAUUCAUCUUCCAACUACAUCAGACAACUUGAAACAAAAGUCAAAUUGCUAGAGGAUGAUAACAAACUUCUCUCUCAGCAAUCAAGUACUGGGGAUCUGAGGACCCUUAGGAAAGGGUUAUCCCCAUACCAUUCUGAGUCUCAGCUGUCUUCAUUGUCGCAGUAUCAGGAUGCCAUGCAAAAUGGUCCCUUUCGCAUGACUCCUGAUUUUGCUGCUGCUACUCCUCAAGUUGGGUAUAUUCCUCUAAGCCAGAAACCUGAAGCAGUGGUACAUGCUAUGAAGGUCCUUGAAGUCCAUGAGAAUUUGGACAGGCAGAUACAAGAAAACUAUGAAGAAGACCUGAGUGAAAAGGAGAAAGCAAUUGUUCGUGAAAUGUGCAAUGUUGUCUGGCGAAAACUAGGUGAUGCAGCAAGCUCCAAACCAUCAAUCAGGCAACAUCUUUCAGGAAACCAGUUCAAGGGUCCUUUAUAAGCACCUCAAGCUGCAAGACUGGAAGUGAAAAGAAUCUGAGGCAAAGGAACUUCCUUGCUUCUGGCUGCCAGCAUUAUCCCUUCCUCCCAUUUCCUUUAACUGUGUCCAUAGUGUAAAUAAGGCAGCUAAAGGCCUAGCUUGUGGGCUGUCCUGAUCCAGAACAAUGAUACAUGGGUUAAUGACUACCCUCUCGUGGCCAAUCUCUGUCAUUUGUAUUGUAAUGAAAUCCCCACUUUCCUGUACGGUCAUAUAUACAUUUUUGAUUCCCAAUGAUUUCUAGGUAGAAUAUAUAUAUAUAUUCUAUAUAUAUAUUAAAAAAAAGAACUCUGAGCAGUUCCACUGCCUUAUUUUAGCCUACUCAUGGAAUUGCAUGGCAGUAGUGGCUGCCCAAAGCAGUCUUCCCCAAUUUGGCAGCAACUCCCAUCAAUCCGGCAUGAUGACUAGAAAUUAUUGGAGUUGCAGCUGUAGGGCACUUGUCUGAGAAAGGCUUCUCGGCUGUCUGAUUUUAGAAAAUACCAAGGAAUUCACGAAGACCUAAAUUAGUCAUUGUUCAAGUCGGUUGAGAGACAUUUUGCCAGAGAUCGUAGGGUUAGAUUUUAUUUUUGAAGGACAAAUCUGAAGUGCAAGCAACUUUUAUCUGACUAUGCUUUGAAUAAUCUAGCAACCCAUUCUAGAUUGUCAAGAAUCUGACAAACCAUAAUGUGUAAUUGUUAGGCUGCCUUUAACUUGGUGGCUCACCAGUUUUGAGUGAUAGAGUUUGGAUGAUACUGUAGUUUGGAUGAUACUGUAGCAGAUCUCAGACCUGAGCUAUUUGCUCAGCAUCAUGUGUCCUGCACCUUAAAUGUUUUCACUGCUUCUUUGCUGCUUCUUCCUGCUUACCUCUCAUUGGAGGAAGAGUAGAAAGAAUUGAGCAUCUCUGCAUAGUUCAUCCUUCCUGUUUUUCUGAGAAAGGAUGCAAAUAGGCCUCACAGAAAUAAAUAAAUGAGCAGUGAAGAGGAAAAAGGGAGAUGAGCUCACGGGGAGUGUUUGAUUUAAGAGCUAGCCAAAAUCUAUACCUGGCAUCGACCAUUUUUCUACCCAGUUACUAGAAGCACAUGAGCCUUAUUAAUACCAAUUACAGAUUUUGGCCUGUUCUUAGAUAAGAUAGUCCUUAAGAAGGCAGUAGGCAGAGCAGCACAUGUCUGAACGAGGGCUCUGCAAAUCUUCACAUUGUUGCUAUAGAUGCACAAGUCCUUCAUUCCUUUGCAUUAACCUCCGGUAUAUAUGAGAGGAUCAUUCCACUGUUGUGAUUUUGUUUAUUUUGACCUUAACUCCACAUUAGAAAAAUAUAAUACGCGAAACAGUUCCUGCAAUGUCUCUUUUGGCCUUGUCUUUUUAAUAUAUUAAAUUUAAAAAAAUCAUGGUCCCUUAUGUAAAAUAUUGACAUGAUAACUUAGAAAUAAAGUGGGGGAAUACAGAACUGGUUACAGUAUUUGAGAAGAUAUAUAAGAAGAAUCAUUUAAGGAAGUGGUUGCCAUGAGAAUUCACGUUGUUGCUGCCGCUGAUCAACCAAACCAAUCGUCUCUAGUUUGAACUGUAAUCAUUUUUUCCCCAAUCUCAUUUCAUCUGAUAAUUGUAAAUUUCCUAAAACCAUAUAGUGCAACACCUAACUGGCCACUGGAUCCAAGUUGUGUAAUAUCAUUUGACAAAGAGAAAACUGAAAAUUAAAUGCUGCUUGUGUAGAAAUGUGGAAUUUCAAUAUGCUACUCCUUUGGCAAUCUGGUUUCAUACAAACUUCACCUUUGGCAAUCUGGUUUCAUAGACCUUUGAUUAUUGUUCAUUUACUUGGAUGUAUUUUUUAUUAAAUUCUCUUUAUUUUCAAUAUUUUUUUUAAUUAAGAAGUCACCUAGAGAGUGCACUACUCAAGUUUCAAUAUCUCUCUCAAGUACCCCUCUUUCAAACUAUAUUUCUUUUCUUCUUGAUCUUUUUUUGCCUGUGUCAACCCUUCAAGGUAGAUAAGACUAGGAAACUGGAAUUUUGAAUGCUAAUAUAAUUGUAUUAUAAGGUUACAGUAACCAAGUCUUGCAAGGAUGAAUAGAUUUUCCUCUUCCCUCCUUUAUCUUCAUGAGAACUAGGAAGGCUCCUGUCUGAGGUGAUUACUCAAAUUACAGAGUCUGCCCUAAUUCAGAUUUAUUUUAUCUGAUCGAGCUUAUUCCUUCUCAUUAGAGCUUGCCUUUUUGGUUUUUCAAGUCCAUUCUAUACCUUAGAUAUUGAGCCACUUUGAGAGUUUUUUGUGAUCUCAACUGCCUGGUACUCUAAGCAGCAAAUUGUGAACCUCCUUUUUCAUUUUGUCUCAUUAUGGGCAAAGGUAUCAGUGAAAACCUCCCUGUUCCUUAAGUAAUUUAAAAUACAAACUUAAUCAAGUUUUCAAGGAUCUAUAAUUAAUGUGAAUGUUAUCAGAGAAUUUGGGUGGGCUAUUAAAAGAAGCUUUCAGAUCAGAAGGGGUCCAAACAACCAAUGGUUUGGUUUUGCAGCAUACAAAUUAUAUUUGUCUUCUAAAAUGCAAUGGAAUAAUUAAAGUAGCCAAAUGUUUAGAAACAAGGGUGGUCCUAUGCCACAAAAGCGUAGUGAGUUGUGGUCCCAUGCAUGUGCCUACUAAAUACAUUGUUCCUUGCUCUAACCUCAUUACUGCAGCAAACACUGGUAAACAAAGUUAAUGUAUACAAUUUAUCUGCUCUAGGUUCUAUUUCCCACCAAGGCCUUUUAAUAGGUCACUGCAGUUAAUUCAUAACUUUAAGAAAUUCAUGCAUUAGACAUCAACCUUCACAUAUUCUUCUCUGUGUAUAACUAAAGUUAGGACAUGUAUAUUUUGAUUUAGCUGAAUUAAAAGCGGCUGAAUUUCUAGCAUUUGAAGAUAAACAUUACUCCCUAUAGUGGCCAUUCAAGUAUUCUCACUACUGCUGAUGGGAGUAUAUUUUUUUCGCAAAAAUAAGUCUGUCAGAAAUUAAGUUGAGUAUAUGCAUCAUGUACAAAAAAAAAAUCUCAUAAUUUAUUGGAACAUUUGGCUGACAACUUGAUAUUUUGUUAAGUUAUAAGCUUUUUUCAUGCAUUUCAUGAAAAAAGCUUAUUAGAACUUAACAAAAGUUAUAAGUGCUAUUAUUACUUAGUUGACUAUCAGUUUCUCUUUUUUUCUAUAACCUUUGACAGUUCAUUCCAGUAUUUUAAGAUUUAUAUUGGUUUGAUUGGUCUAUCUGUUGAAUCAGGUUAAUGGUGGCUGGGAUAGGCCACUAAAACAACAAAGUAUUUUUAAGUCUAGAGGAAAAGUUAUGUUCUAAAACAAAAGUUAUAUUUGCUGAUUGAAUAAAUUGGCUUCACACACGAAGCAAUAAAUCAUGGUUUAUAUAUCUCAAUAGUUGGGUUCAUAAUUUGUAUUAUGUUAUGCCAAAAUCAAGAUCUGGUUUGAAUACAUAAUGCGAUUGAUGCCUGCCCGGGGAAUCUGUCUUGACAACUUCAUAUAUGCUACUUUUGAGUUCCAUAGGGGAAUGAUGUAAAAUGAAAAGGAUAGUAGACAUUCUCUUAGGUGUUGGGUUUUUUUAUUCUGUUGCCGUUGUACAUUUCUUGAACAGUUUCCAAUAUGAUGAUGAGGUGCAGGUACAAUACACAUGAGGAAAUAAUAAAUAAUACUCAGUAGAUUGGCAAAAAUGCCAAAUCCAUCUACACAUCUGGUUGGCUAUAUGACUAAUUAUAAUAAUAAUGAUGAUGAGUGGCUUCAUGUACUUGAGUAUGUAAGAGGCAUAAAAGCUCAAUCUGUUAUUUUAGUGGCAUUAUGCCAGUGAACUGAGGAACCUAAAAGCUGAAGAAAAAAAACUGAAUUUUAAUUUAUUUCAAAAGCACAGAUUCUUUGAACACAUCAGGGAAAUCAAAAUCAAGGUGAAGGAUAGAGUGACCCAACAUGUCAAAAUAAAAUGAAAAGUACUCAGUAUUUAGUAAUAUACUAAAGUGAAAAUUACACGUUUGUGGAACCAAACCCAUACAAAUAACAUGAAUAAAUUGCAAAGUCCUCCAGAUUUGCAACUCCACUAUGGUAUUAAGUGAAAUUUUUGUAGAUGAAAAUGCAAAGUACUUCCAAAUAUAUGCAAAUUACAAACUGUAGACUCUACAGAUGCAGUACUAUGUGUACUUUUUAAUUGCUAUUUUAUAUUUAGCUUGAAAUAAGCUAAAAUUGUUUUCCUUGGACAAUGGUUUGCUUUACAGUAUAACCUCGUAAUCUACUGCACCUUCCAGAUGAAUUACAUAAAAUUUCCUAUCAUCCCCAGGGAAAACAACUGUCUUAGAGAAGGCUGUUUAAUAGUGUAUGACUGAUAUGCUAAACAUGAGUAAUUUCAAAAGGAAAAAUGCACUCUGAAUAUUAAUGUAGAAAGAAAUACGAUGCUGGAGUAUUAAUAUUCAUUUUCCCACCCCCAUUUAAUAAUGUUCAUUAACUACCUGCUUCAUAAAGUUUUUUAUACUCCUACAAUGUAGACGCAUUCAGUCUAUACCAACUUCAAAACAAAAUUCCUGUUGUUUGGUUCUUCCCCUUCGGACUGCUCUGUUUUUAAGCAAUUGGUUGCUUUUCUUGGGGAAAAAGCAUAUGGCAAUUGGAUAAAAUCCAGGUGCACUUUGCCCUUUUUGGUAAAAAAACAUAAACUUGUUUAAAAGGCAAAUGUUUGCCCAAAAGAUAGCAAUUAAAAAUAAAUGUUUUAAAGUGACCUUUUACCUUUUUAGAAACUGGAAUAGAGAAAAUAGUACUGAUUUUGUUUUUCAAACAAAGCGCAUGACUGUAAAGUGAUAAAAUUGUAUAUUUUUCAUAAUGUGGGGAAAGAGUCUAUUUGUGCUGCUUUUGGAAACAAGUAUGAUUUCUGUUAAACCUGUGAUCUUACAACCCUGCCAUAUUUUCUAUAUAUGAUUGGAAAAAGUAAAUUAGCACCUGUGCUCAUGUAUAGUAUAUAAGCAAUGUCUUUAGAUUUUAGCACACAUUUAUACCUUUUACUGAAGCACUGCUUUUGUGGCAGGGAGGGUGAAAAUUUAAAGACUUUUUAAGUGUGUAAAACCUUCAUUUGAAAUAUUUUAGUAAAAAUUAAGGGUUUGUGGUAGUGUAUGCAUUCCAUUGAAGAUAAUAAAAUACAUUCUUUGUAAGGGAGCUGUAACAUGACUGUAUUUUUGAGAAGUUGAAAAAUAUUAAAAUACUUAGAAAUCAACAUAAAAUUACAAUUUUAGUUAA